AUGCCUGCGUCUCCCUUCGUCACCAGCCCCCUCUCCCCCUUUUUCGGCUUCAUCGCGUUGUGUUCUUGCGCUCUGUUCUCGCUGUGUUGGUUAUGUACAAGGUGUACGGAACAGACGCUCGAGCGACUGGAGGCAGACACGUUGGGCUGUCUGCUUGCCGAUGCGCUCGACCAUAGCUCUCACGAGGUCGUCCUCGAGGAGCGUGGCCGAGUGCAUGUACAUACCGACAAUACAUCAUCUACCCUCUUCGUGAGGCAAUGUUCGGUGCGAACACGACGCAGCUCGAGGACUCUUCAACAACAUCAUCGCGCUCCAAGAGCACAUCCAGGCCGCGGGCCUCAAUCAGCAAGACAUCGUGAAGGCAUUCUCCGGGUUGGCAAGGCCUCCAAUCAGCACACGCAUCAAGCAGGUCAGGCGAGCAAGUCAAGGAACAAUGGUUUGCUAUGGGCAAGACGAUGGAUACGGACAAUGGUGGACGCAGCGAGCACAGGAGGAGGAGGAUGGUGA